CUCGCUGACGCACUACCCGCUACCGAAGGGCAGCGGGCAGAAGGCGGACAAGACCCUGAAGAGACCCUCCAUGUUCAUCCCGGCGUUGACCUGGAAGAGGCUGGUGGCCUCCACCAAGAAGCGGGGUUCCCGGGCCAAAGGCGGGGCCCUCCCCGGCAAGAACUUCCCGGCGGGCAAGGAGGUGGCCCACCUCAACCACGAGAACAUCCAGAAGUCGCUCUCCUGUGCCAAUCUAGCCGGCUACGAGGAGGGCGGGCAGCCGUUGGCGCCGCUGAGUAGCAAGGGCCUCGCCGGCGUCGCCACCAGAGGCCCGGCCGGCUCCUUGCUGAAGCCCGGCGGGCUGGUGGGCAGCUCCUCGUCCCCCCGUCGCGUGAUCGUCCAGGCGUCCACCAGCGAGCUGCUGAAAUGCUUGGGCGAGUUCCUGUGCCGGCGGUGUUACCGUCUAAAGCACCUCUCGCCCACGGAGCCGAUCCUGUGGCUUCGUAGCGUGGACCGCUCCCUGCUGCUGCAAGGCUGGCAGGACCAGGCCUUCGUCACGCCGGCUAACGUGGUUUUCGUCUACCUGCUGUGCCGGGAGAUGAUCGACGGGGACCUGGUGGGCAACGAGCACGACCUCCAGGCCUCCCUACUCACCUGUCUCUACCUGUCCUACUCCUACAUGGGCAACGAGAUCUCCUACCCCCUGAAGCCCUUCCUGGUGGAGACCACCAAGGACGUGUUCUGGAACCGUUGCCUGCACAUCAUCCACGCCAUGAGCGCCAAAAUGCUGCGGAUCAACGCUGACCCGCACUACUUCACGCAGGUGUUCGCCGACCUCAAAAACGAAGGCAACGCUGUGGCCCCCGAGGACUUUGCCCGGGUUUUGGACCGGUGA